UCGAUCACAAUAAUACUUGAAAGGGUAAGGAAGAAGAGAUUGAGGGUUGUUUUUGUUACAAAAAGCUACUUGAUGGAUAUAUUUAGAUGAAUUCUCAUCUCGUAGAGGUGAUAAAAAAAGGAUAAGACCCUUUUGGUAAACUUGACUGAUUACUAUUGCAUUUAAAACGAAGCGUUCCCUCUCUUUCAUUUCUCUCAUUAACGAGAUAGAGAAACUUGGAGGAGUGAAGAUGUCGCAGGAGAAAAAGAGUCAUAGCUUUCCUCCGAUAACGGAAUGUGGAGCAGGAGGAGGAGAGCAUGGUUCGAUCGCCGCAGAUCUUGACGGGACUCUGCUUCUCUCGAGAAGCUCGUUCCCUUACUUCAUGCUUGUAGCUGUUGAAGCCGGAAGCCUCUUCCGUGGCUUAAUCUUACUUCUAUCUUUGCCUAUUGUGAUUUUUUCCUAUUUACUCGUCUCGGAGUCUCUGGGGACACAGAUCCUCAUCUUCAUCUCCUUUGCUGGUCUCAAAGUUCGCGACAUAGAACUCGUCUCUCGUGCCGUUCUUCCACGGUUUUAUGCGGCGGAUGUGAGGAAAGACAGUUUUGAGGUGUUUGAUAAGUGUAAGAGGAAAGUGGUGGUGACGGCUAAUCCGACAGUGAUGGUGGAAGCGUUUGUGAAGGAUUAUCUUGGAGCUGAUAAAGUUCUUGGAACAGAGAUUGCGGUGAGUCCUCGAACCAAAAGAGCCACCGGAUUUGUGAAGAAGCCUGGUGUUCUUGUUGGUGAUCUAAAGAGAUUAGCCAUUUUGAAAGAGUUUGGCGAUGAAUCACCAGAUCUCGGCCUCGGUGAUCGAACUUCUGAUCACGACUUCAUGUCCAUUUGCAAGAAAAGUUACAUGGUACAUGCGACCAAGUCAGCUACAACAAUCCCUAAAGAACGACUAAAAAGCCGCAUAAUCUUCCACGACGGCCGUUUAGUCCAACGUCCAACGCCGCUAAACGCCAUUAUCACAUACAUUUGGCUUCCCUUCGGCUUCAUACUCUCAAUCAUCCGUGUCUACUUCAACCUCCCUCUACCCAGAAACUUUGUCCGAUACAGCUACGAGAUGCUCGGAAUUCACUUAACAAUUCGUGGCCACCGUCCACCGCCUCCUUCCCCAGGAACUCCAGGCAACCUAUACGUUCUCAACCACCGUACUGCACUUGAUCCCAUCAUCGUGGCAAUUGCUCUCCGACGCAAGAUCACAUGCGUCACUUACAGUGUCUCUCGUCUCUCCUUAAUGCUUUCUCCUAUUCCUGCUGUCGUACUCACCCGUGACCGUGCAGCUGACGCUGCCCGCAUGAGAAAACUCCUCGAGAAAGGCGACUUGGUGAUAUGUCCGGAAGGCACGACGUGCAGAGAAGAGUAUCUACUGAGAUUCAGCGCCCUGUUUGCAGAGCUAAGCGACAGGAUCGUACCAGUGGCGAUGAACUGUAAACAAGGAAUGUUCUACGGGACGACGGUGAGGGGUGUGAAGUUCUGGGACCCUUACUUCUUCUUCAUGAACCCAAGACCGAGCUACGAGGUCACUUUCUUGGACCGCUUGCCUGAAGAAAUGACAGUGCAAGGCGGUGGGAAGACGUCUUUCGAAGUGGCUAAUUACGUGCAGAAAGUGAUCGGGCAUGUAUUGGGAUUCGAAUGCACGGAACUUACUCGCAAGGAUAAGUAUCUUUUGCUGGGAGGUAACGACGGCAAGGUGGAGUCUAUCAACAAGAAGUGAACCGUAUCACUGGAGCCACUAAUAUAAUUCUGGAGGAGAAAGAAUAUGUGUUUGAUUGAACAUGUAUUGGUAUAAUUGUACUUGCAUGUAUAUAUACCCCCACCAAAACUAUAUUUUGUAUACCAAAGAGUUUUAAGUAGAAAGGUUUAUAAUAUGACAAUAUUGUUUUAAUGCAUA